CACGACCCUCCCAUCUGUUGUCACAUAUCUGUAGAUGGGGAUCUUGCCUUUGCCCAGAGGCGAGCAGUAAUAAGCUCGACUUUUAAUCAUUUCAUGUUUUGGACUAAAAUUGUGAGCUGCUUUUCUUUGCAAUUGGUGGGAUGUUUCUGCUGAACGAUUAAUAUUUUAUUUAAGUAGCGGUUUUAAAAAAGGCAACUUUCUUGAGCCAAGGUUGAACGAAAAGACCGUGGGAUCAAUACUGAGCGAGAGAGGGAGAGAGAGAGGGAGGCUGGUGUGCAGGCACCCCGUCCGGACAGCAUUGCCCCCGCUCGGCGGCUGAGAGAGAGAGGGGGGAGAGGGGCAGCUCACAGUCGGAGAUCACAGCUGCCUGCUCGGCGCUGCUUGUACCUGAGUUACGUCUGGUUCGGAGCGGCGACUGCCAGCAGCAUUGAAGGUCCCGAGCGUUGCCAACUGGAUGUUAUGGGCGAGUGAAGGGAGGAAGGAACGGAGAUCGCAAGGAGCAAGAUGAUAGCGGAGCCGGUGAAGGAGGUGCCGGGGCUAGCGGCAGUGCCGGGGUUCCCAGAGAAGGGGUCCGAAUGUCCGGCCGCUACUGCCCGGCUCCUGGAUCGCCAGGCCCAACUGAUGGAGGCCACGGGCGGAACCGAGCUCUCGUGCUCCAGGUGUACCUUUCCCUUUGGCCUGGUGGUCGUCAUCGUUGGCUUGGUGGUCACCGCUGUCGCCUAUGGCUUCAACUCGCAUGGGUCAGUCAUCUCGGUGUUCGGCCUGGUCGUACUGACCCUGGGCUUCCUCCUGGUCAUCUCCAGCGCCGUGUGUUGGAGGGUCAGACAGUGCAGAAAGCAAGCCAAGAGAAGAGAAAGCCAGACUGCACUCGUGGCCAACAGGGAACUGUUCGUCUAGGCACCAACUCUUCACCCCGUGGACCUCACGUCACUAGUGUAGGUGGGACAACACCCGCCGUCAUAAUACUUCAAAACGUUGACCUCUGGCAAGAACUCGUGUAACUAAAACUCUUCAUUAUCUCUAUUUGGGGUGCUGCCCUUGUCAGCGUGGUCAGUGUUAAAGCAACAGACAUGGAAAUGCUCUCAGAACUAAGACAACUAACUAUCCGCAUCUCAGUGUGUGAGUCGCAGCGGGCAGCGCUGAGCUGUAGCAAUGAGGAGAGGUCCCAGUUACUCAUAUGCAGCUUACCAAGGACAUGUCUAUAGGGGGAAGCCAUUCUACCACCAAUAUGCAGCAGCUCGAGGUUCCCAAGGUCACAAGUGAUAGGAGCAGAAUUAGGCCAUUCGGCCCAUCAAGUCCACUCCGCCAUUCAAUCAUGGCUGAUCUAUCUCUCUCCCUCCUAACCCCGUUCUCCUGCCGUCUCCCAAAUAACCCCUGACACCCGCACUGAUCAAGAAUCCAUCUAUCUCUGCCUUAAAAUAUCCACUAACUUGGCCUCCAGAGCCGUCUGUGGCAAUGAAUUCCACACAUUCACCACCCUCUGACUAAAGAAAUUCCUCCUCAUCUCCUAUGUAAAGGAACGUCCUUUAAUUCUGAGGCUGUGGGCUUUGGUCCUAGACUCCCCCACUAGUGGAAACAUCCUCUCCACAUCCACUCCAUCCAGGUCUUUCACUAUUCUGUACGUUUUCCCCCUCAUCCUUCUAAACUCCAGCGAGUACAGGCCCAGUGCCGACAAAUGUUCAUCAUUUGUUAACCCACUCAUUCAUGGGACCAUUCUCGUACACCGCUCUGACAUCAGUCCCCCAACUCCCACCUUUACAUAAUGAAUCCAUCUCAUUUCUAUUUCCUUCGCUCCAUAGAAUAUGUUGCAUCCGCUGAGUUCCUCCAGCAUGUUUGUCGACCUUCAUUUCUAUUUAACAUGUGUUAUUCAUUGGAAUGGGGAAUGGAGUUGUUUGAUAUCCUAGUAGGAACAGUCUCCGUGGACUCUCACGUCUCUAUCGCGAGUCUUCUCAUUGAAUCAUCUUUCUUGGCUUUAACCACUGCCUCCCGUCCACAUAUCUCUGGUCACUUUGAUGAUACCAAAGUCUGUUUCAAGCGCUUAUGUGAGCGCAGCAGGAUUGCUAGUCCGCGUAUUCGGUUUUCACGAGGUGCUCAGUAUGGCACUUCUAAAUUUCCAACAGGUUCUACCUGAACGGCACAGGGUGUCGCCAAAUAAAAGUAUUCUUUCACUGCUG